GCGGAGGGGCAGUGGAAGAUGGCCGCUGAGCCGGGUGGCGGGCGUCCCUGGGCUUACCCGUGCUACCGGCCGUUGCUCGCUGCUUUUGCCGCUGUGCUGCUGCUGUUGGGCUGCGGCCGCCCGGCCGCCCUUUCUCCUUCCUUUUUCUCAUCCUGUCACCACCGCGUGCCCAGCGGCGAGGAGGUUGUCUAUCAAGUUCCUCUAAAGGAAAAUCAUGUCUCGAAGAGAAAUGUGGACCAACAGCUAAGAAUUAAGAUUAUAUAUGACAGAAGUGUUGAGGACUUACUACCUGAGAAAAGACACCUUAUAAAGAACAAGCUUUUUCCACAAGCUGUGUCUUACUUGGAGAAGACCUUCCAAGUCCGUAAAUCCACGGGUACUAUAUUACUAAGCAGGCAGUGUGCUACAAACCAGUAUUUAAGGAGGAAAGCUGACCCUCACAGAUACUGCCGGGGAGCCUGUGCAGACCACACAAGAUGUGGGCCAGUUAUAGUUCCUGAGAAACAUCUCCAGCAAUGCAGGGUGUACAAUGAGAGUGAAUGGCACUACGGACCCACAGGCUUACCUGACCAGGAAGGGGUUCGGGAUGCUGACUUCGUACUCUAUGUUAGUGCUCUCACUACAGAAAGGUGUGGCCAUGAAAACAUCAUUGCGUAUGCAGCCUACUGCCAGCUGGAGGCCGAGAUGGACAGACCAAUAGCAGGAUAUGCUAAUUUGUGUCCCAAUAUGAUUUCAACACAAGCUCAGGAAUUUGUUGGCAUGCUGUCCACGGUGAAGCAUGAGAUCAUCCAUGCACUGGGUUUCUCUGCUGGACUGUUUGCAUUUUAUCGUGAUGAUGAUGGAAAACCUUUGACAACAAGAUAUGCAGAUGGACUCCCUCCUUUUAAUGAGAGUCUAGGUUUGUAUCAGUGGAGUGAUAAAGUUGUUCAUAAAGCAGUGAGGUUAUGGGAUGUGCGUGGGGGCAAGAUGCUGCGCCACACUGUUCAUCUUCUGAUCACGCCUCGUGUAGUUGAAGAAGCUCGAAAACAUUUCAGUUGUCCAAUUCUAGAGGGAAUGGAGCUUGAAAAUCAAGGUGGCAUGGGUACAGAGCUCAAUCAUUGGGAAAAGAGGCUGUUGGAGAACGAAGCCAUGACUGGAUCCCAUACACAGAAUCGAGUCUUUUCCAGGAUCACCUUAGCAUUAAUGGAAGACACAGGCUGGUACAAAGCAAAUUACAGCAUGGCAGAGAAAUUAGACUGGGGACGCAAUAAAGGCUGUGACUUUGUCAUGAAGAGCUGUAAAUUCUGGAUCGACCAAAAGAGACAAAAGAGGCAAUUAAUCAGUCCCUACUGCGACACCUUGAGGAGCAAUCCUUUGCAGUUAACCUGCAGACAGGACCAAAGAGCAGUAGCAGUGUGCAACUUGCAGAAAUUUCCAAAGCAGUUACCUCAGGAAUAUCAGUAUUUUGACAAUCUCAAUGGAGUACCUGCAGAAGAGUUGCCUUACUAUGGUGGCUCAGUAGAAAUUGCUGACUACUGUCCCUUUAGUCAAGAAUUCAGCUGGCACUUAAGUGGUGAAUUUCAGCGCAGCUCAGACUGCAGAAUAGUUGAAAACCAGCCAGAUCCUACCAAAAAUUACGGUGCUGAGAAAUAUGGACCAAACUCUGUCUGUCUCAUUCAGCAAUCUGCUUUUGUCAUGGAGCAGUGCAGAAGGAAACUCAGUUACCCUGACUGGGGUAGUGGAUGUUAUCAAGUUUCUUGCUCUCCACAAGGGCUGCAUGUCUGGGUCAAGGACACAGCAUACUUGUGCAGCCGCUCAGGUCAGGUAUUAACUGUGAGCAUUCAGAUGAAUGGCUGGGUGCAUGUUGGGAACCUGAUUUGCCCAGCCUGUUGGGACUUCUGUGACUCCUGUCCCCCUGAGAGGGAUCCUCCAGCUGCUAACUUAACAAGAGCUGCACCGAUCGACUUGUGCUCCUGCUCAUCUAGCCCGGUGGUAACCCUUUGGCUCUUGGUGGCUAAUUUAAUUCCCCUGCUAACAGGACUGUUUCUCUGCGCAUAUAGUUAAGCAUGGGGCAAGAAGAUACUCCAAGAUGCUAUAACCACCACAUUGCACUCCUUAUUGUGGAACUUGGGAGUUUUUUAUCACUGCAGGUGGUUUUCUUCUUCCUCAUCUCUCUUGGCAGGUAUUGGUGUGGACAGUAGUUGAGAAGGUACUAACAAAAGCAGCCAGAGUUUGAGAGAAGGAGAAUUUCCUUUGUCAUCUUAAUAAGUGCCAGUAUUUUCCUGAGCUGCAACCUUUGAUUGAUUUGAUGCAGUAACAAGAUCUGCUAUGCUAACUAUGUUAGACUGCCUGGCAACUUGGUCAAGAUUUGAAAUGUGAGAACUCGUCUAUAACACAGCUGAGGGUUGUUUUAUUGUGACUAGUAGCAAAGCAUCCUCAAACUGGAAAUAUACCUCAGUGGUUUAGUCAAAAGCCAUGUGAAAAUCCAUUGUCAUCACUGCUGAUAACCCAGGCCUAAACAGGUGUUGGGAUCAUGUUUUUGUUUGUUCUGUCAAUUUUUAUAGUUUAUUUGGGGUAAGAAAAAAUUUAAUGGGACAAACCAGCAAGUGGCAGUUUUCUCCACAACUGGAUUCUGCAGCUUUGGGAGUUAGCAGAAUUCAUACUAGUUUGUGGUAAAAUGGCUAACUCUUGGAGUUCACUUAAACCUUCUUACAUGAAUAAAGGUGAACUUCAGACUGGUAACCAAGACAACUGUCUAGAUAUCCCAUUCUCAUUUAGCAUGUGCCAGUUCUACUGUGAAAUUUAAUAUUCUUAGAGUCAUUUGCUGGGUAGAUGCAUUUCAGUACUGACACUCAGUCUGUAAAAUUGGGAUAGGAUUUCUGAUUAAUUUUUUUGGUUUGUUUCUUGAGUAAUGAUGUUAGUAUUUUUAAAAUAGAUAUGAAUACAGCUGUUCUUACUUUUUGUGGAAGAGCAAACCAGUAGUGAUGGCAGCUAUAAUGUUACAGGACCAUAUUGAUUUCUCUAGACCAAAAGCUAUAUUGAAUGUGUUUUU